UGGGGAAAGAAUUUUUUUUCAGGUAGACUUUUACUACAUGUUUUAUUAGGAAUAUGGAGCAUUAUAACAUUGCAACAUUAGUAACCAGUUACCAACGAAUUCAAAGUACAACGUGGCUUCUCCAGUUAUCAACCAAAGCUAUCUUCCAUAUUCUCAGAUGGCAAACUCCAUUUUUAACACUAUCAACAUGGAUCAUACUUGUAGCAGUAUCACUGACUGCAACACGUAAACAAGUUCUUGUUUGGUGCGUGGUAUCCGUCCUGUCUAUAGCUGCCAUCGGUGGACUCGUCCGUUUAUCACAAAUCAAGACCACAGAGCAUCUCAACAGAAAAAGAAAGAGUAACAACACUGAUCUUGUGGACACAGGAUAUUCUCCAUAUGAUGCUAAACCAGUAGUUUUAACAGAGGAAGAAAAGAAGCAAACUUUAAUAGAAAGUCGCCGGUUGUUUCUGGAUGCACAAGACUUAUUUUUGUGGUUGAAUAAGGCAACAGAUGAUUUGUAUUGUGUGUUUAUCUGGUAUAAUGUAUAUCUGUCAAGUUUGAUUUAUGGCACAAGCUUGCUGGCAAUAUUAUCAUUUUUUCUCUUUCCUACCCAAUGGUGUGGAGCGGUGUUAGUUUCCAGUAUCCUUGGCAUCAACAGAGGUUUCUACUCCUGUUUAAUGUCCGCCUCUUCUACCACAUACAACUUUUUUAUUAAUAGGGGAAAGCUUUCAAGAGGUGAUUCUGUACAAGAAGAACAUAGUCCAGUAGACUCUGAUGUAGAAUGCAACUCUGACACAGAAUCGAUGCAUAAUGAAACUAAAGAAGAACAUCUGGAAAGAACGGACAUUGAUGAAAAAGAAAAGAAGAAGAAAGUAGAACCACUUAGUUGUAUCUUGUGCAGUACAGUAUUCACAUCGGUAUUAAGGAGGAGGAGGUACUGUCGCUAUUGUGGUAACCAGUUCUGUCCAAAAUGCUGUUUUAAGAAGAUUCCCCGCUCAAUUUUUGGAGCAACAUCUCCAGCAGCUCAAAGUGCAAAAGAACUUGUGUGCAAUCAGUGCUACUAUUUCUUAACUGGUGAACAGGUGACGACGUCCAAGUGAAAGGAUACUGCAUAAGCUGUUGGGUUAAAAGUUCAAAUAUAUAUUCACCUUUGUAUUUAUAGUUGGAUGAUCAUCUAAUUAUUUAAUAAGCUACUACGUAAUUUGGUGAAAGAGAGAAUCUACAGGCUUGGCUAUCAUGUGACUUGAUGCAAGUGCGAUAAUAAAUGGGAUUAGCUAUUACGGGACUUAAUGGAAUUGAGUAAUCUGCAGGAUUUGCUAUCAUGUGACUUGAUGCGUGUGAUACAAUCAGAAGGAUUACCUAUCAUGUGACCUGAUCCAAGUGAGAUAAUCUGCAGGAUUAGCUAAUCUGCAAGUGAGAUAGUCUGCUGUAGGACUAGCUAUCAUGUGACUUGAUUUUUUAUUUAAGGGAGGUAAUCAACAAAUUGGCUAUCAUGGGACUUAAUGCAAUUGAGUAAUCUGCAGGAUUUGCUAUCAUGUGACUUGAUGCGUGUGAUACAAUCAGAAGGAUUACCUAUCAUGUGAACUGAUCCAAGUGAGAUAAUCUGCAGGAUUAGCUAAUCUGCAAGUGAGAUAGUCUGCUGUAGGACUAGCUAUCAUGUGACUUGAUUUUUUAUUUAAGGGAGGUAAUCAACAAAUUAGCUAUCAUGGGACUUAAUGCAAGCACGAUACUUUGUAGGAUUAGCUAGCAUAUGAUUUGAUGCAAGUGCGAUAAUCAGAAGGAUUAGCUAUCAUGUAACUGCAAGUCAGAUAAUCUGUAGGAUUAUCUAUCAUGUGACUUCAUCCAAGUAUGAUACUUAGCGCAGGUGGACAAAUUGCGGCCCUGCGGGCCCCAUGCGGCCAUGGCCAUGUUAAUCUCAUAAGUAAUGUCAUGCUUGCUUAGUGAUUUUCUUUUGCUGAUGCCAGUGAGCAAGCGUCACUUUUGCAACUGCCUCUGUAAUAGUGCAAUUGAAGUUAUUGUACUUUGAGCUGAUUAUUUAUUUAUAGAAGCAAAGACUUUAAUAAUAUCAUGGUAAAUAUUUUAUUAUUUUUUAUGAGAUGCAGGGAGAUUCAAACGUAGCCAUUGAUUGUUUUUCUUGUGUUCCAAACUCCACUCAAACAUCAGGAUUAAUAACUGUAAAGUUGAUUAUCGAAACAAAACACUAAACCUCAAAGAGAAGUUUUGUGCUUCUUUUCGAGAUAGACCUCUUUUUGAAAUGGGAUUUUAUUUAGAUUACUGUUGCAAACUAAAGAAGAGGGCUUCUUUUCAAAAUUAAUGCUGUUAAAUUAUGGAAUUGCUAUUAUACCACAUUUUUCAACUAUGGAAUUCGAAAUUCUGUUUUUUGUUUUUUUUUACCAUGCUAGUACAAAGAAAUAAUAUCGAUACUGACACGCUAUCAUAAUAAUCAAAGAAAACAUUAGGGUGAAUGUGAGUACUAUGUCGAAAGAACCUUGUAUUAUCUUGAUUAAAAGCCCAUGGGUUUCUUUUCAAGAUGUGCCUCUUUUUGAGAUAACUUUAGCAAACUAAAGGGCUUCUUUUUUAGUUUGGCUUCUGAAAUUUUACAGUAGUUUGUUGUGAAUAUAAAUAUAGUACAGGCCUUUUUUUUUUUUUAAGAAUAAUAAUAAUAAUUAUUAUAACAAGAAUAAUGAUGAUUCUGCAAAUUUACAUAAGAGGUUGGAAGAUAUCAUGUAGUUGUCAUUUAUAUUUUAAAAUAUGCAGUAUGAUUAAUUACGACCAUAAGAUUAUUACAAUUUCGAGCUUGAAGACCGAGCAAUGCACAGCGGUUCCCUAAUCACAAGUGAUGCUGUUACUCUACAGUAAUUACGUAGCGUUGGAGCACAGAAAAUUACAGAUAUGCGAUGUGUAUUGUAGGCUCACUUCAAUAACUGUAGUAGAAACUAUAUUAAAAAUUUGCAAUUAUCAAUUUUUCAUCCUAUAUCUAUUGCACGAAAUUCGCAUAUUUUUUUAUAAAAUGUAAUUUAAACCUUUUUUUUUUUCAUUUUGGUAUGUUCAUUGUAGUCUGGGUGGAUAAUUUAUGUAACAUACAUAUAAUGGAUUAGCUCAUGAAUAUUUGAAACGGACGCCUAGUAAGUGUAAAAAGGCUUUGAAUAACUAAGCUGAAUGUUAAAUAAUAUGGUACCGGUACUGUAGUUCAUUUCUGCAAUUUCACAUUAUAAUUGCGAAUAUUUUAGUCAUGUUUUUCAAAUAAAGUAUAUACAUUAUGAGGGAUAUUGUAAACUAUACAGGAGUACUGUAAGUGGAAUUGUAUGCCGGGUCUCUCUCUACAUACAGUAGGACUAUCCAUAGGUCUGUCAUUUUAUUUAUUGAAAAUAAAUCAUACGUUUCUGUCACCUGUUGGUUUUGGUAUUUCAUACUUCUGUUUGCAUUAAAUGUAUCCAUUUGGCCGUGACUAUGCUUAAAGAAUAAAUGCCAAAAUAAAUCAAUCCAUGUCUUGA